AUGUCCACGAUGGAUCGUGCCGCACUGAUUGCGCUUUUUCGUUCGACUGAUGGAGCAAAUUGGAAGACUAAUAGCAACUGGGACACGGAUGCGGAGCUAGCUACGUGGGCAGGAGUCGAAGUCAACGAUGAGGGGCGCGUGGUGCAGCUCAUUCUGCCCGACAACAACCUCCACGGACCCAUCCCUGAGGCGUUGGGAACUCUCAACGAGCUGACGCAUCUUUCAAUGAGUGGAAACCACCUUACCGGGUCGAUCCCCAGAGAGCUUGCAGGCCUCGUAAAGCUGCAAAGUCUUCAACUCGACGGCAACAGGCUGACCGGGCCCAUCCCCGCGGCGCGUGGGGCGCUCACCGGGCUGAGGCAGGGUAGCAUGCACGACAACAAGCUCACUGGCUAA